AACCACCAGACUAUUGGGCAAGUACAACCAAUGCUGCUGCAACACCAUCUAGAAACAAUGCUGCUACAGAACCAACAUCCUUUCAGGAAUACCGCAAAAGAAAGGAAGCAGAUCGAACCUCCAGGUUCAAUAAUACAAAAAAGGAGGUACUGCAUGUGCAAAGAAGUAAAAAAUUCAUGUUCAAGAAGCAAAAGUUCAAGUUGGGCUGGUUUGUGGAAGUGAUGGGGAUGGUAUAUUAAAGAGAGUUAAAGGCAGAACAAUUCCUGUUCUAUGUGAUGAAAACAAUGAUGCUGACACUUUACUUUAUAAAUCAAUAGAAAAACAUGCAAGACACCACAAACAGUUCAAUAAAGAUGAUGAAUAUGUAAUCCUGUAUCAAGACAUGACACUAGUUAAAGAUUUGCCAGGUUGUAGUGCUCCAUUUACUUUGGGGAAAUACAAACGUGACUUACUAAAAACCUUAUUCAAAAAUUUAUUUCUGGUUGUGCUCUCCAGAAGAUUUUGGAAAUUCCACCUUUGAUGAUGCAGAUAGAGAAAUGAAGAUGAUGCUCAGUUGAUGUGUUCAGCAUUCAGUCCUUCUGAUGAGAAAUCCAGCCCCCACUCUGUGCCAACUGAGAACGUAUCAAUAGAAUCUCAUAAUACACCAUCAUCACCACAUUCCCCCUUGCCAUCUGGUAGUGGUGCAAUGGGAAAAUAUUUAGUUUCUCACCAAUGCCCUACAUGUUACAAGUAUUGUUCUCGUGAACAAAUUGAAAUUCAUGCCGAUAUUUGUGCAGAAAGCUGGAUGACACUAUUGGUGAAUGCGCAGUUGUAAUAAAUCUUGAUGAUGAACAACGUUAACAGGACCUUGAGAAUCAGGAAAUUUCUGCAGUUGAUCAGAUGGACUUUCCUGAAAGACUGGAAGCUAUAAAGGGAGUUCUCGAGACACUAAAUGCCAAUGUCAAGAACACAUCUGUGAAUAGAAUUGCCAUUCGCAGAAGAUUUUUAUUCACAGACUACAUGGAAGCAAGGCUUAAAAAGUACUUUAAACCACAAGGCUUGCUGAAAGUGUCAUUUACUGGUGAGCCAGCUAUAGAUGGUGGUGGACCACGACGAGAGUUUUCACAGGUAAUACGGCAGCACAAUAUUAUAAACAACAUUAUUUCGAGACAUUUUGUCACCUUUUGUCACAUAGUGAAAUGACAGUUGUGAAAUUCAGACUAAUAAGUAAACACAAAUUUUUUGUACAGUAUACAUGUACAUACUCUAUUCGUGUUAACUUUUAUAUUUCUCAUAUCCAAUACAAGUGUCUCUAGUUCUGUAAUGUAGAGCACUUAUAACUGACGGUCUUUUAAGAAAAUACAAAAUAUCAGUAACUCCGAAUAACAUUUUGAUUUUUGAUUAAAAAUUAAAAUGUUAUUCGGAGUUAUUAUGUAUUUUCUUAAAAUACUGAGUGGUUUCCGUAAUUAUUAUAACGGUCUGUGAACGUAUGUUUUGUGUAAAUUUUUACAUGGCCAAGGGAGCAUCUAAGUUGGCAGACUGGUACGUACUAUAACUUAAUAGCUCAUUUUUAAUUACAUGUGCCUUUAAGUAGUGUUUUACAAUACAGUACUACAGUAUCUGCGUAUUUUAUAAGAAAGCUACUGUAUAUAUCUUGUUCGGUGAAUUUAACAAGUCACAUAUUAUUAGCACUGAUGAAGAUCCGGGCUUCCGGAUCGAAAGCUUUGCAGUAAUAAAAUUACGUGGUGUUUCCACAAACAAUAGUACUAUAUUAUUCCGAAAGAACUACAAAGAACUUAAAGCUAUAUCUCUUUACAGUUAUAAAAAUAUAGCUCUUAAUUAACCAAUCAGAGGACAGAGACACAGAGUUUCAAAACGUUAUUUUAUAGCUGGGUUUCAGUUGUGUGAUAUGUUUAGCACUUGGUGGUCAACUCCGAAUGGAAACACAUUUAUCGGAUCGAGUGUUCUUUAUCUUGUGUUUGGUAUCAACUGCUUGUACUGUAUAUGCAAUUUAACGAAAUCUACUUGCCUACACAAGGCAUAAAGCGGCAAUAUAUGUGAAGUUGACCGCCAAGCGUCCCGCCCAUCUAGAAGGCUUGAGUGAAACCCACCUAUACUGUAAACAGUAAAAUUAGGCUCAUAUAUAUUGGACAAAAAAUGAGUUGGCACUUCAUUAAGACACAAUUCGCCUAAUAUAAAUGGCCCUAAUAAAGUGCCUUUUCAUUCACAGAGGUUUUAAAUCACAUAAAGUUGAGGCUGUUUAAUGACCAAGGAUUACCAAUUGUGAAUAUGCAAGCAAUGGCAAAUGAGGAAUUUAAAGUCGCUGGUGAACUUAUUGCUUCAUCAAUUGCGGUAGAAGGGCCAGCUCCCUGUCUGUUUUCGUCCAGUGUAUACAGCUACAUUGUAAGAGGAAUUGGAAGUGUCCAGGCCCACAACUGGACAAGGCAUCUACAGGAUGACAAAAUCAAGAUGGCAAUCGAGAAGGUAUUUUAUUAAUUUCGAAAUUUGUACCGGAUAGUACUACAGGUCAUUAGCCUAUACAUUUGCUACUGCCUCAUUACUUUGUCUUUUAAGGGGAGCCAUGGUUUGACCUACCCUUCCAUUCUUAAUCACUAUCCAUUUAAUAUGAAUAGUCUCAACAAAUAUAAUUUUCACUUAGUGCCUGUAGACGGUUACAGUACUUUCUUUGUAACUUCAUUGCAAUAGCCAUAGGUUACGAUCGAUAGUGGCAAUGUGGCGGAGGAAAUGUGCGGACAAACACUGAAUUACGUCCGAACAUUUCCCUGUAUAUUUAGAGAAUUUCGUCCCUUUUUCAGAACAAAGUUGUUUAUCUGAGGUGGUAGUAUGUUGAAUUCAUAGUAAAGAUAAUUUUUAGGUGUAUAACAAAGUUUAUGGUGUGAAUGAAUCCUCCCGAAAUCCAUCCUUUGUCAGGGCGUUCUUGUUUAGUUCCUCGAGUCUGGUUGCUCUUGCUGAUUUAAUGAGUUUAUUGAAGCAAUUCAAAAAAUAGCUGUAAGUACAGUAAAUGAUCGGUUAUUUAUUAUGUCUUAUAAUUAUGACCUUAAAUAGAUGAAAGCGUGCACAAGCGACAGUCAGUUGCAGAGUUUACUUAAUGAAGAGUCAGAAGAUGGUAGAAACAACAACAAAAACUAUUUUUUGUUAAAAAUGCCAAUUGAGUAAAAAGGAAUUGGUUUUUGUUAAUGCAAACAAUCUCGUACAACAUCUCUUUACACCUGCAUGUGUAUUGACGUUUCUAGUUAUUUUCUAACCCACCCGGUAAAUUAAAAGUACAUCUGGAGGAAACCAGAGUGCCUAUAAAAUCGUACGACUUUCAGAUAUUCAAUAAUUCUUUUCACAUAUUAAGAGCGAGCAGAGAAAAAUCAAUAACCACGUUAUCUCAGCAGGAGAGCAAGAAGCGUCAAAGUAUGGGGGGAGCACCGCCUUCAAGGGGGCACUUUUCGAUAAUGAAAAUGGCACCACAAGUUAUUUUCCGAACAGCGUUUUUUACGAAGACAAAGAGCACUUUUUGUGUCUUCUGAAAACUUGGAGGGCCUAGGCCUCCUUCAACCCAGGACCAUUUUACCUCCCCCUUGGCCCCUCCCGGUUUCUACGCCCCUGUAUCUCAGAGUUAAAAUUUGGACGCUCUUGUCUCUAAUCUGUGAACCAGUUAUCAGUUGAACGAGGCUUUAUAGUUGAUACUUAUAGCGUACAGUAUUUGUUGUGUAGGCCUCUGGUGAUUACAGGUGUAAGUAAAACGUUGGCUAUUGUUGACCAAUUAAUCUCAGGCCUGGAGUCGUAUGGAGUACUGACAGCGAUACGUAGCCACAGGGAACUCAUGGAACCAUUGUUAACUCUGGAAGGCGCAGCACAUUUUUCGAUCACCCCUGAUCUGAUGCUUGACCACUUGUUAGUAGAUUGCAGCCCUGAUGGAAGCAACAAAAGACACCAGAACUUGAUGUGCACAAGUUCUUUUGUGACUACGUCCAAGAGAUUGCUGCCAGAAAAGGUACCGUCGUAG